AUUUUCUUCUCUGUUUCUGCUUUUACUAAUUACUAAUCGAUUCGAUUCUCUAGUUUUUCUUGAUUAAGAGAGAUAUGGAUGUUGAUCUAACCCCAAAGUUGGCUAAGCAAAUUUAUGGAGGAGAUGGUGGUUCUUAUCAUGCAUGGUGCCCUAAUGAGCUUCCCAUGUUGAAGGAAGGAAAUAUUGGCGCUGCCAAAAUUGCUCUGUCAAAGAAUGGAUUUGCUUUGCCUCGUUACUCUGAUUCUGCUAAGGUCGCUUAUGUUCUUCAAGGUUGUGGAGUUGCUGGAAUUGUUCUUCCUGAGAAAGAAGAGAAGGUGAUCACCAUUAAGAAGGGUGAUGCUAUUGCUCUUCCUUUUGGUGUUGUAACAUGGUGGUACAACAAAGACGAUACUGAACUUGUGGUUCUCUUCCUUGGUGAUACCAAAACUGCACACAAGGCUGGUUCAUUCACUGACAUGUACUUGACAGGCUCCAACGGGAUUUUCACUGGUUUCUCAACUGAGUUUGUUAGCAGGGCAUGGGAUGUAGAAGAGAGUGUUGCUAAGACUCUAGUUAGCUCCCAGACUGCUAAGGGGAUUGUUAAGCUGGAUGCAGGCUUCCAAAUGCCCGAGCCUAAGCAAGCCAACAGGGAUGGUAUGGUUCUCAACUGUGAGGAAGCCCCAUUGGAUGUCGAUAUCAAGGGUGGUGGAAAGGUGGUUGUUUUGAAUACCAAGAACUUGCCAUUGGUUGGUGAAGUUGGACUUGGUGCUGAUCUUGUUAGGUUGGAUGGAAGUGCUAUGUGCUCUCCCGGUUUUUCAUGUGACUCAGCCCUUCAGGUUACUUACAUUGUGAGAGGCAGUGGUCGAGUUCAGGUUGUUGGCCCUGAUGGUAAGCGUGUUCUGGAAGCACAUCUCAAAGCUGGUAAUCUCUUCAUUGUUCCGAGGUUCUGUGUUGUCUCAAAAAUUGGUGAUCCUGAUGGCAUGGAUUGGUUCUCCAUUAUCACUACCCCCAAUCCAAUAUUCACUCACUUGGCUGGAAAGACUUCAACCUGGAAAGCUCUAUCCCCACAAGUGCUGCAGGCUGCUUUCAAGGUCUCACCGGAUGUUGAGAAGCUAUUCAGCUCCAAGAGAACUGCAGAAGAGAUUUUCUUCCCGCCACCAAACUGAUCCGUCAAGUUGCUCUGGGAAUUGUAUCUGUCUUAGAUUUACUUAUCUUGUUUUGAAAGAACAAGUAGUAUCUUUACUUAAUAUCAUAAUUUAGUUGCUCUUUUCUUUGGUUCUAAAAUUUGCUAUUGGAAACUUCCCUUAUACUUUUCCGAACUUUUAUAUAAUUUUAUCAAAUUAGCAAA